AGCUGUAUUGUUAUCGUUCGUUCACUCACUCACUCCGACGUGCGGCGGCGAUCGCCAGUAAUAAACGAGCUAACUCGCUAAACGGUCGUUUGAUUGCUAUUCCCUCUAACGCGUAUAUAACAUCUGGCGACGGGUACCCUCAAGUGCAAAAUAAAGUGAACAUGUCGAGCUUAAUUGGAAAUAUUAGCGUUUUUGACCACAAAAUUCACGAGUGGUCAAUAUUUUAUAGUCGGCUGUCUCAGUUUAUCAAGCUAAAUAAAAUAGUGGAGGACAAUAAGAGUGCGGUAUUGCUGACACAUCUUUCUGACGAGUCAUACCGUUUAGCGCGGGAUCUAGUACAUCCGAAAGAGCUUGAAAAAUUAUCUUAUCAAGAUCUAACGAAAGCGUUGGAAGAUCAUUUCACACCAAAGAGGUCAACUUUUGCCGAUAGGGCAAAUUUUUACGAAGCAUCGAGAUUCGAAAAUGAGAGUAUCGAGGACUGGGCGGCACGUCUCAGAGGGCUAGCCGUAUACUGCGAGUUUGGAUCGGCGCUGGAUACCUUAUUGCGGGAUCGCUUCGUAUUGGGCCUGGGUGCGGGUAUGGUUCGAGAUCGCCUGUUCGAGCAAGACUCAGCUUCGCUAACGCUAGCCAGGGCGCUGGAGAUAGCCCAGCAAGCCGAGUGUGCGAGGCGCGCGCGCAGCAGCGUCGGAGUGGAGCCGAGCAUCAAGGAGGAGCCUGUGUACCGCGUGAGCGAGCGUCGGGGCUGCCAAGGACGACGUGGAGCGGCUGCGAGCGACAGCGAUACGAGGUGCACGGUGUGUGGGCUGAAGAACCACGAUGCGUCAAAGUGUCGUUAUAAAAACUACAGGUGUCAAGUGUGUGGUGAAAAAGGGCAUUUAAAGAAAGUGUGUAAAGUGCAGCGGGAUGGAGUGAAUCGGUUAAACAACAUGAGCGUGGAACCGGAUGCGGAUGAACAUAAUUGUAAAGAAUGUAAAUUGUUUAAUGCGAGAGUUUCAAAAUAGAGAAGAAGGGAUUGAGCUGUAUUGUUAUCGUUCGUUCACUCACUCACUCCGACGUGCGGCGGCGAUCGCCAGUAAUAAACGAGCUAACUCGCUAAACGGUCGUUUGAUUGCUAUUCCCUCUAACGCGUAUAUAACAGAAAG